AUGACACUGAGCAGGACAGAGUUGGCCUGGGUUCAGCCUCACUUGGAAAACAGGCAGUCAAUAUUUGCUAAGUGGAAGCUGCGCAACACUGGUUUCUGUUUCCUAUGGUCUUGCUCUGCAGACGCUGAGAAGAAUUUUCAGGGAAUCGAGAGCAAGUUUUCCUUACGGACGGCUGCUGAGCCUGAUGAGGAUGCCUGCUACCUGGUUCCUGGGCAGGUGGAAACCCUGGCACACUGCAACUUCAACUACACCAGUAAAACCUUUGUGGUGAUCCAUGGGUGGACGGUGACAGGGAUGUAUGAAAGUUGGGUCCCAAAGUUGGUGGAUGCUCUGUACAAGAGGGAACCCGACUCAAACGUCAUCGUGGUUGACUGGCUAACUCGGGCUCAGCAGCACUACCCAGUGUCUGCUGCGUACACUAAGCUGGUGGGAAAGGAUGUCGCUAUGUUUAUUGACUGGAUGGAGGAGGAAAUCAGUUACCCUCUCAACAACAUCCACUUGCUGGGGUACAGUCUGGGUGCUCAUGCUGCUGGGAUUGCUGGGAGUCUGACUAAGAAGAAGGUGAACAGAAUUACUGGACUGGAUCCUGCUGGUCCCACCUUUGAGUAUGCUGAUGCCCCCACCCGCCUCUCCCCGGACGACGCGGACUUUGUGGAUGUCCUACACACCUACACUCGGGGCUCUCCCGAUCGCAGCAUUGGGAUCCAGAAGCCGGUCGGGCACAUCGACAUUUAUCCUAACGGCGGAGGUUUCCAGCCGGGUUGCAACUUAGGAGAGGCUCUUCGUCUGAUUGCAGAAAAAGGCUUUGCCGAUGUGGAUCAGCUAGUGAAAUGUUCUCACGAGCGAUCCAUUCACCUCUUCAUUGACUCCCUCCUCUACGAAGAAAAGCCAAGCAUGGCCUACCGCUGCAACACGAAGGAGGCCUUUGAGAAGGGCCUCUGCCUGAGCUGCCGGAAGAACCGUUGCAACAAUUUGGGUUAUAAGGUCAACAGAGUGAGAACGAAGAGAAACAGCAAAAUGUACUUGAAGACUCGUGCGCAGAUGCCCUAUAAAGUCUUUCAUUACCAGGUCAAGAUCCAUUUCUUUGGGAAGACAAAUACAACCAAGACAAACCAGCCUUUCCUGAUCUCUUUGUAUGGCACUCUAGAUGAGAGUGAGAACAUUGCUUUCACACUGCCUGAAGUUUCCUCAAACAAGACGUUCUCCUUCCUGAUUUACACAGAAGUGGAUAUUGGUGACUUGCUUAUGCUCAAACUGCAGUGGGAGAAAGACACUUUCUUCAGCUGGUCUGACUGGUGGACUCCUUUUACAUUCGACAUCCAGAGGGUCAGAGUAAAGUCAGGAGAAACCCAGAAAAAGGUGGUGUUCUGUUCCCGAGAUGGCAUCUCACAUCUCAGUAAAGGAGAAGAAGCAGCAAUAUUUGUGAAAUGCCUGGAGCAGCCAGUCAACAGGAAGAGAGGAGGUGCCAAGAAAGCCUCUAAAGAAAAUUCUGCUCAUGAAUCUGCUUAGAAGUGACAAGAAUGGAGAUUUUCCACACUGGACAGGAGGAGAGUCCAUUCAUCCCUGUGAACUGGGUGUUCAGAACCAAAUAUAUAGAAGUAUUUAUCUGCUGUUGGCUUUUUUGCCUGCUAUUCCUAGCUAUUCUAGGAGACUUCUUGUAAGGAAGUCUCAGCACACAGAAAGUUGUUACUAACCAUAAAGACACAUUAUCCAGAUAGUAAAAAACAAAAAGAAAUUCCCCAAAACAACUUGCCAAAAGCUUGAGUACUGGGAAGGAAUAAGUAAUUUUGCUUAAUCAUAGUGCCUUGUGACAAGAUUUCUUGGUAUCCAAUUCUCUAUGGCAAUUUUCUAGUAUUUAUUGAAAAGAAACAAAGCCCUGUACCUGUCUUUUCUUUCUUAACUGGUAUAGUAUUUCAGGAGUCUUCUGAAACUGAACAGUUGUGUGUGUGUGUGUGUGUGUGUGUGUGUGUGUGUGUUUUUUUUUUUUUUUUCCCCCCCCUGGCUUGGCUAACUGAAUUUUCUGACAGUUCAAUGGCCAGAUCUUAUUGUCUUCAAGUGUGUGUUUAGCAGAUGAGUAGACUUUUUAUGUGAAAAAAACACCUUUCCUUUCUGUAAAGAUUUUACUUAAAGGUGUCAGGGACUGAAUGAAUAUGGGGAUAAAUUUCUUAGUUUGUGGUUAUGAAUGUGUUAUAUUGGGGAUAGAUGCCAGUGCUGCUUAGCAAUAGGUAUGAUCUGUUAAGCUAUAUGUUAUUAUGCAGCUUAUCCUGCAAUAAAUAUCCUGUUGUAGGACAAGACAGCAAUACCAGUGUCCUAUGCAGAUAUUGUGCUUUUCAUCCGUGCUUUCAUCUCUUAAAAAAUGAAACCAUCUAUCCUCCAACACUGCACUGAGUUAAGAACUGCAAAGGAAUCAAGCUACUGGAAACUGCAGGAAAUGGACUUUUCACCUUGCUUGCAUCCCUGAUGCUAAAACCGUGACAGUUGUUCUGCUCUUUGACACUGAACGUCAGUCAUGCAGCUGAGUGGCAGCUGUAUCAGGUCUGGUCCUGAAUCAACCUGACAGCCGACAAGCUGUGGUCACGCUCCCCUAUACUGGAAAUCUCAUUUCCAGUGACCAACCUCUCUUUGUUGCUGGGCUGUGGCACAGUACUUGUGCUAGACGCCCGGAGGUGCUCAGUUUUCUGACGAGAGGUGCGAUGCAGCAAGGAGCAGAGGCUGGAGCAGUCAAAAGGAGCCUGACUGCAAUCCACAAAAAUGAAUGCUCUGAGAAACACUUGAAUUAGACAUGCUGUGAGUACCCAAAAAUAGGUGAAUGGAAGGCUCUCUUAUUUUUUGUAUGUAAUUUUUCUAGGGCCCUGAAAGGUUCAGUAGCCUUCAUUUAGCUUUAUAGAGGAUAAACAAACUACUGGGGAGGCAGAAAGGCUGGAAAGUAGAUGUUUGGAGAAGUGGUAAUGUGAGCUAUAGAUGCUGAUUUCCCUAAUCUCUUCCCACAAGUGCAAGACAGUGCAAAGGUGGCGAUUCUCCAACAUCAUUCCAAAUUUAAAACAAAGCUGACACGUGUAUGCAUAUGCAGAGGUUCUUUUCGUAGCCAUGGCCAUUGCUACAUGUAGGGACAAAAGUUCUAAACAGUGCAAUAGGUCGGAAUAUUAACUACUCCAGGAUUGCUCACAUUGGGUUUUCUGACCCAAUAACUACAGCAGAGAGAGAAUGAGUCACUGAGGGAGGGGUCGAGUAUUGAGCCACUGCAUUUGAGACUUCUAAAAAUAAAUACAGUGAUUUGCUCCGUACAGACUUCACGUUUUGUUGCAAUUUUCUCCUAAGACAGAUUAAGGUUCUUUGGAAACAAAACUUUUGUAAACAGAUCUGCUUUGAAUACAGGAUCUAAUACAAACACAUACAGUACUUGGUCACCAAAUAGUGAAGGCUCUUGUACAUGAGGACACAUGAUUUAGCUUUGAAUGUUAUUUAUUAGCUGUAAAUACCAUAUUUAUGUGUGUAAAGGUAGUUUGUAUAUAUUGCUAAAGUCACUGAGAGUCUCUGCAUUUAUACAGUUGUGUGGUAUUAAUCCUGUAUAUACCUUUCAGAAAGAUUUUUAUCAAUGAACCACUUAACCACAUCGGAAAUAAUGCAGUGUAAUACAUUUUUUAAA